UCCGGAGCCUUGGCACGGCGUCAUCGGCAUCGUCUUCCUCCUCCGCGUCGCAAAAUGUAGGCGCAUCUGGCAUUGCAGGUCUCAGAUCCUUCCUUGAUUUUGGUAUUCAGGGGUUCCGAUCGCGUCGCGCGCGCGAGAAGAAGCGCUUGAAGAACAAGACGCGGCAAUUGAGAAGGACUGGUUUCCAGAAUUCGAGCUUCUUCGACAGGCCGAGGACGUCCGAGUUUAGUUUCUUCAAACGGUUCCAGCAGUGUCUGCCAGAAGUACACACCCCAGAGCGAGACAAUCGAACAAUCGACUCGGGAAGCGACAAAAAUGAUGAUUUGAGCUACAAGGGAAGCUACGAAGAAAAUACUGGAAGUCACAAGGAUGAUGGUGAAAUCUACUUUAAAAGUUCCAAAGAAAAUCGAGAUUUAAGUUCUCCAACUCAUACGCUAAGACACAAUGAUGGAAUGUUAAGGGGAAGUAAAAGCGAUGAUGGGGCAAUCUACACGGGCAACUAUAAGAACAUAUUCACGCGAAUCCAACAUCAUCUCCAAGAACUAUCAUCUCGGAGUUCCAAAUCUAAGGGGCCUCCCAGAGUCGAAACACUGCUCAGGAGGCUGGACGUUGUUAAUCCGGCCAUCUCGUGCGAGGAAAAAGGCCAUAAACUACUUCAACCUGGAAGUCCCUUACUGCUUGAAGACGAAGAGGAUUCUCACUUCGAAGCCUUGAAGAACUGGAAUAUCAAGGAGAUGACGGAAUUAGCGUGGAGUUCCGGGCUUUCGGAUGACAAUAGUGCGGAUUGGGAUGGGCAUGUUGAGAGUCAUUCACAGCUCAAAGACGACGACGGAGAUUCAGACUACGAAGCACUGAAAACCUGGAAUGUCAAGGAGAUGACAAGAUCGGCAUGGAGUGCUGGACGGUUCCCAAAUGUAAAUCUCUCAAGCCAGAGUAUCGAGACAGACAAGCUCGACAGUCCAGGCCAGCUGUUCGAGGUGCCGCAACAGGACUUACUCUCGUCGCUAUAUUCCGAGCCGGAAGAAGAAAAAUUGAGCUUUGAAGUUACGAAGGAUACAUUGGGACUGCAUUCGAUAGAUGGAAGCGAUUCACAGCUUGAAGACAAGGGGCAUUCAGACUGCGAAGAACUCAGAUCGGCUGGACAGUUUGAUAUCUCGGAGAUCCAAGAAGAACUCAGAUCGGCUGGACGGUUUGAUAUCUCGGAGAUCCAAGACGAAGAAGAAGACGGAUACAACCAAGGAUACGACAGUCCAGGCAAGCUCUUUGAGGUGGACUCCUUAUGUUUCAAGCUGGAAGACGACUGUCCAGGCAAGCUCUUUCAGGUGUCCCAGCAUGACUCGGUAUCUUUCAAGCCCGAAGAAGAAAACUUCGACUUUGAAUUUCCAAAGAAUCCAUUGGACGGCAUUUACAAGUCAGGAGCGAGGGUGGCUCUGCAAUCACUCGUUGGCUUUACAACUGGAAACUCUGAUACACUUGACUGGUGAAGACGUCAAGUUCGUGAGCCUGGCAACGUCUUUUUGGUCCUCCGACGUCCCUGUGGUCCCGGGAGAGGACUCGGUGCCGGCGGAAGCGAGAGUGAACUUUUUGGAGGUGGAGGAGAGCGAGGAACGGGCCUUAUGAAGACGAUUGGUCCUGGUCUCAGUGGUAGCCAUGGCCGAGGGAUUGGAUUCACAUCGCGAUAGUCUUGGCGAAACAUCCCGCCUUUGCUCUGGAAAACCUUCAAACAUCUCAGAAAUCGCUACGAGAAGAAGCACAAGUGUCGCAACGAGGAGGUUUCUCUGUGCUGCUACAGUUGGGGACGACAUAACUGGGCCCUGAAAGGAUGAUUCUUCAGACAAGCUGUGCAUCCAAGUUAAAACGGUGGCGAGUUUAAUUUGCACGCGGUGAGGAGCAAAUCGCCGCGUUUACAGCAUUUAAAGCCGCUGACAGGUCAUUCCAUCGGCAUUGGCAGGCGCGACGAUCAAACAGGCAAGUAAUUUCGAGUUCCAAGUUUUUCGAUAAGCUGGCAGCUGUACUACAAUCGCAGAGUUCUUCUCUUAGAGGAAACAUUUGCUUCGUUACAAGAUCUUGCAAGCAUUUAACCAGUUAUCGAGCUCGAACGACAAUAUCUUUCCUAAAAACUAAGUAGAUGGUGAACAUACUUCUCAAGAACUUGACACCGAGCUUGGCUGUCAGCUACAUCGAGCGGUACAAGCUACACUUAAAAGGCGGCUUUGAUUGGCCAGGAUCGAAAUCUUCCAGGUAGGUACAAAACUGUUGUUGACGUUUUCUGAUUAUCAGAUGUUUGUUUCGUACAGGGAUCUCUUGGGAAUCAUGUGAGCUUGCGCAACGAGCUGCCAAAACAAACACAAACUUAAAACCAAAAGAGGAGAGGAAACUUACGUGCUCGAAGUAAGUCUUUUCACGCUUCGGGGGAAGAGGAGCCGCAGUGUUUUCCAUGACUGACGGUGGACAGAAAUGGUCUGUCUGAAUCCCCAUGCAGCGGGGAUCGUCCGUAAGCAUCGAGCUCGACUGGCUUAGCUGCUCCUCCACCGGGAACCGAUCCCUUCUCGGGCUCAGGUCGACUGAAAAAACAAGGUGUGAGACCAGACCGAAUGAUCGAGUGGAAACGAUCUACAGAAAAAGGCACUAGCCUGGAGUUCCUCUAGCCGAGGAUGAUGACUGGCUUAGCUUGGUUCCUUCGAAACUUGUAUCGCUGCCAAAAGAGCUCAGUAGCAUGUUGGAUGCUCUCUUGAGCGACGAGUUA